AUGUCACAUCAAGAUGCAAAUAAACAACCAAAAGUGCCUGAUGGAUGGGUAGCUAGAUUUGAUGAUAAAUAUAAAACGUGGUUUUUUGUUGAUUUAUCAACUAAAAAAUCACAAUGGGAGGCACCAAAAGGAACGACAUUUGAUGAUAACGGUUCCAAAUCAAAAGAUGAUAAACCACCAGCUUAUACUCCUGCAAAUGAUAAUCAUCUCAAUCCAAGUACAUCAAAUACAAAAGCUCAAUCUCAUUCACCACAAGUUUCACAUUCAUCUCAUCAUUCUCAGCCACCUUCUCAAAGACAACAACAACAAUUUUAUCCACAACAAGGAGGUUAUCCACCUCAAGGGUAUGGUGGUUAUGGUGGGUAUCCACAACAAGGCUAUCCUCCGCAAGGUUAUUACCCUCCUCAACAACAAUAUUAUCCACAACAACAAUAUCCACCUAGAAGAUCUGGUAUGGGUGCUGGUACUGGUGCUAUGAUGGGUUUGGGUGGUGGUUGUAUGUAUCAAAACUGAUGACUUUGAAGAUCUUAAAUACUAACAUUUUUUUUAGUACUCGGUGGUAUGCUUUUAGGAAAUAUGAUUUCUGAUCAUAAUCAAGACAUGUAUAUGGAUGGUUAUCAAGAUGGACAAAUGGCAGAUGAUUAUGGUGGUGGUGAUAUGGGAGGUGAUAUGGGAGGUGAUUUUUAG